GACUAGUUUCAGUUUUAUGAAAGUGAAAGUUACACCCUCACUGCCUCUGAGAAGUAAAAUGGCGCAGAAAGGAAUUCAGCUGGAUAGAGAAACGUUCUCUUGUUCGAUCUGUCUGGAUCUACUGAAAGAUCCGGUGACGAUUCCUUGUGGACACAGCUACUGCAUGAAGUGUAUUGAAAGCUUCUGGGAUGAAGAGGCGAAGAAGAUCGUUGGCUGCCCUCAGUGCAGGCAGACUUUCACACCGAGGCCUGUCCUGGUUAAAAACACUAUGUUAGCAGCUUUAGUGGAAGAGAUGAAGAAAAGUGGACUCCAAGCUGCUCCUGCUGAUCGCUGUUAUGCUGGACCAGAAGAUGUGGCCUGUGAUAUCUGCACUGGAAGGAAAUUGAAAGCCAUGAAGUCCUGUUUGGUGUGUUUGGUGUCUUACUGUGAGACACACAUACAGCCUCAUUAUGAUGUUGCUCAGUUAAAGAAGCAUCAGCUGCUGGAGCCCUCCAAGAAGCUCUGUGAACACAUCUGCUCUCAUCAUGAUGAGGUGAUGAAGAUGUUCUGCCGCACUGAUCAGCAGAGCAUCUGCUAUGUCUGCACGGUGGAUGAACAUAAAGGCCACGACAUAGUCUCAGCUACAGCAGAAAGGACUGAGAGGCAGAAGAAGCUGCAGGUGACUCGACAAGAAAUCCAGCAGAGAAUCCAGGACCGAGAGAAAGAUGUGAAGCUGCUGCAACAGGAGGUGGAGGCCAUCAAUGGCUCUGCUGAUAAAACAGUGGAGGACAGUGAGGGGAUCUUUACAGAGCUGAUCCGUCUCAUCCAGAAAAGAUGCUCAGAUGUAAAGCAGCAGAUUCGAUCGCAGCAGGAAACUGAAGUGAGUCGAGUCAGAGAGCUCCAGGAGAAGCUGGAGCAGGAGAUCACUGAGCUGAAGAGGAAAGACGUCGAGCUGGAGCAGCUCUCACACACAGAGGAUCACAACCAGUUUCUAUUCAAUUACUCUUCACUGCCAGCACUCAGGGAGUCUGCACACUCAUUGAGCUUCAUUAUUCGUCCUCUGAGGUACUUUGAAGAUGUGGCAGCAGCUGUAUCAGAGACCAGAGAUAAACUGCAGGACUUUCUGACAGACAGAUGGACAAACAUCUCACUCUCUGUGGCUGAAGUGGAUGUUUUACUGUCACUAUCACAACCUGAGCCAAAGACCAGAGCUGGCUUCUUAAAAUAUUCCUGUGAAAUCACACUGGAUCCAAACACAGCACACACACAGCUGUCAUUAUCUGAGGGAAACAGAAAAAUAAAAUUGAUGCCUCAAAACCAGUCCUAUCAUAGUUCAGAGAGAUUUUCUGUACGAUUUCAGAUUCUGAGUAAGGAGAGUCUGUCUGGACGUUGUUACUGGGAGGUGGAGUGGGGAGGAAAGGGAGGCUAUGUAGCAGUUGCAUACAGAGAUGUCAGCAGAGCUGGGGAUGAAUUUGGAUAUGAUGAUAAAUCCUGGGCUUUAUUAUGCAACCCAAACAAUAAUCAAUUUUGGCACAAUAAUAUCAAAACUUCCAUCUCAGGUUCUCGGUUCUCCAAAGUGGGAGUGUACCUGGAUCACAGUGCAGGUAUUCUGUCUUUCUAUGAAGUUUCUGAGACCAUGACUCUCCUCCACAGAGUUCAGACCACAUUCACUCAGCCUCUCUACGCUGGAGUAGGUCUCUACUUCUCUUAUGGAGACACUGCUGAGAUCUGUAAACUAAAGUAGAUGCAUGAUGUCUUUAUUUGUCCAUAAAUGUUUUAUUACUGUGAUACUUGGAGACUACUCACAGGUCUGUGUGCUAAACUCUGUUAAUGAACAAAGUUUUAUUGUCACAUAUUUUUUCUUUUGCUGACAAACCUUCUCCUUUUUUAAGGUGAAGCUCUGUUUUGUUUUAAUUUAGUCAGUGUUCCAGAUUUCAGUAAAUU